AACGUCCCACGGCAUUCCAAGCACUCAAACAGAAGCGUAUCGCCUUCCAUUCGGUUGCAUCGGAUAAACACGCAACUUACGUGGUGAAUCAGUAACAUUCGCUACAUUACAACUGCAACGACGAAAGAGGACCACAGCAAAGUACAUGGAGGAAAAGGACUGUAGUCGUCGACAACUGGAAGAUCUUCGGCUGCAGCCGUAUGUUUUGAGCAGAGCAGACAUCAAUGAAGCUAUUCGUCCUAAGCAGCAGGAGCCAGAUCGCACUCACAUUAAAGAGGAAGAUGUGGGCAAAGAGGUCCAUCACUUCAAUGAAAAAACGGAGCAGAAGUUUCUUUACACCAUAAAAGAGGAGGAAGAGCCGGAGCGGCCUUGGAAUAAAGAGGGAGAAGACUCCUGCGACAUUAAAAAGGAGGAGGAGGAGGAGGAUACCUGCAAGAUGCCAUGGACUGGCGUUCCUGUGACGAGUCUAGAUGAGGGUCAACAUGAGGUGAGCAAAGGGGCAGGGCCUCCAAGCUGCAGCUCAAGUCAAUGUGAUGGAGACCACUGUGGAGGAUCACAAGCAGCUCCACCAUCAGAUAGUGAUGGCAUGUCAUCACAUGUUCCUGCUGAUGCUGAUGAUGAGUCUCAAACCAACAGGAGAAUGCACACAAGAAAGAAAAACCUUUCCUGCUUAGAUUGUGGCCAAAAAUUCUCUUGGAGGGAACAAUUAAAAAGGCACACAAGAAUCCACACUGGUGAGAAACCUUUUUCAUGCUCAGUUUGUGGCCAAAUAUUCUCUGACAAGGGAAACUUAAGUCAUACAAGAAUCCACACUGGCGAGAAACCUUUUUCAUGCUCAGUUUGUGGCCAGAAAUUCUCUGACAAGAGAAACUUAAAAAGUCAUACAAGAAUCCACACUGGCGAGAAACCGUUUUCAUGCUCAGUUUGUGGCCAAAAAUUCUCUCAGAAGCGAAGGUUAACAAUGCACACAAGAAUCCACACUGGUGAGAAACCGUAUUCAUGCUCAGUUUGUGGCCAGAAAUUCUCUGAGCCGGUAACAUUUAAACGUCAUACAAGAAUCCACACUGGCGAGAAACCUUUUUCAUGCUCAGUUUGUGGCCGAAAAUUCUCUGACAAGAGAAACUUAAAAAGUCAUACAAGAAUCCACACUGGCGAGAAACCGUUUUCAUGCUCAGUUUGUGGCCAAAAAUUCUCUCAGAAGCGAAGGUUAACAAUGCACACAAGAAUCCACACUGGUGAGAAACCGUAUACAUGCUCAGUUUGUGGCCAGAAAUUCUCUGAGCCGGUAACAUUUAAACGUCAUACAAGAAUCCACACUGGCGAGAAACCUUUUUCAUGCUCAGUUUGUGGCCGAAAAUUCUCUCAGAAGAACCAUUUAAAAAGGCACACAAGAAUCCACACUGGCGAGACACCUUUUUCAUGCUCAGUUUGUGGCCAAAAAUUCUCUCAGAAGCGAAGGUUAACAAUGCACACAAGAAUCCACACUGGUGAGAAACCGUAUUCAUGCUCAGUUUGUGGCCAGAAAUUCUCUGAGCCGGUAACAUUUAAACGUCAUACAAGAAUCCACACUGGCGAGAAACCUUUUUCAUGCUCAGUUUGUGGCCAGAAAUUCUCUCAGAAGAACCAUUUAAAAACGCACACAAGAAUCCACACUGGCGAGACACCUUUUUCAUGCUCAGUUUGUGGCCAAAAAUUCUCUGAUGGGGGACACUUAAAAAAGCACACAAGAAUCCACACUGGCGAGAAACCUUUUUCAUGCUCAGUUUGUGGCCGAAAAUUCUCUCAGAAGAACAAUUUGACAAUACACACAAGAAUCCACACUGGCGAGAAACCUUUUUCAUGCUCAGUUUGUGGCCAAAACUUCUCUCACAAGGGAACCUUAAAAAGUCAUACAAGAACCCACACUGGUGAGAAACCUUUUUCAUGCUCAGUUUGUGGCCAAAAAUUCUCUGUCAAGGGAAACUUAAAAAGGCACACAAAACUCCACACUGGCGAGAAACCUUUUUCAUGCUCAGUUUGUGGCCUAAGAUUUUCAGCGAAGGGAAACUUAAAAAAGCACUCAAGAAUCCACACUAGCGAGAACCCUGUUGCCUGCUCAGUCACUUGCCAAAGAGUCUCCAUUGAGAAUUCCGAGUGA